AUGGAAGGUGCCGUUAAACCCACACAACCAUCAUCAAACAUAUCGGAGAUCGUCAAUAAAUUCGCUAAGGUUUGCAAAUUUAGGUCGAUUGGAGUAUUCUCCUCUGAAAACCCUAGUCAUUUUCAUCAGCAGGAAUUCUCUAAUGAUGUGAAAGAAUGUGACAAUGGGAUCGGAAAAACCAAUUCCGAUGGUGCAAAAGUGUUUCCAGACCUGGCUGAGGUGUGUAGUAGAACCAGUUGGUCUGGCCAUGAUGACAUCUUGAAGCUGUUUGAUAUAUUGUCUGAACUAAAAUUGGCUUAUGUUCAGCUCCAAGAAGCUUUUAUUCCUUAUGAUUCAGACAAGGUUAGAGUUGCUGAUGAACUCGUUUUCUCUAAUAUUGAUGGAUUAUGUAAGAUCAGGCGAACGAUUAAAGAGAAACAGUUUCAGAAAUCGAACUCUCUUUCGGCUUGUUUGACUCUUUUACGAGCGGAAACUAAGGUUCAGGAGCGUUUGUUGGAACGAUUAAAAUCUCAAACGAAGAAGAAAGACAUCGAGAUAAGUUAUCUGAAGGGAGAACUUUGUGAUUUAGAUGGUAAAAACCGGGCGUUAAUGGAAGAAAUCAAGCGAAGGAAAAGGGAAGCUAUAAAACGUUUAAAUCUUGCCUCUGUUGAGAGCGUUGUUAAGGAGGUUUCAAAGGGUAUUCAUGAUUUCGCUAAGCCAUUAAUCGCUUUGAUGAAGGCUUCCGGAUGGGAUCUUGAUGAAGCUGCAAACUCGAUCCAAGAUUCGGUCAAAUACUCCAUUAGAUCCCAUAAGAAAUACGCAUUCGAAGCUUACAUUUCAAGAAGGAUGUUCUAUGGAUUUUCUUCGAAAUCCCACAAUCUUGAUGAUGUCUUGAGGUUUAACGACCCCAUUGAUGUUCUGAUCGAAGACCCAAAUGGUAACUUUGCCGAAUUCUGUAGAACAAAGUACCUUUUAAUCGUUCAUCCAAUGAUAGAAGCUUCAUUCUUUGGAAAUUUGGAUCAAAGAAACUUUGUUUCCAGCGGAAGGCAUCCAAUCACACCGUUCUACCAGUUAUUCGUCAAAAUGGCAAGAUGGGUUUGGCUUCUUCAGGGUAUCGCUGCUUCGGAUCCCAAGAGCGAAAUGUUUGUGGUCAAUCGUGGAAGCGAAUUCUCUGAUGAUUAUAUGGAUCGUGUUGAAGGGUGCACCGAUGAUCUGGGAUCGUUAGAUGAUCAUCGUGGAAGGUAUAAGGUUGAGCUGAUUAUCAUGCCCGGGUUUAGGAUCGGUGAGAAAUUGAUCAAGUCUCGGGUUUAUGUUUCGAAACUCAACAAUACUUGUUAG